UCAAAAUGGCGACUUCACUGCAUUACGUCGAACAAAGAAUAUUUCUUUUUGGGAAAGCUGAGAACAAUUUCUUUUCGGUUGGCUAUCCAAUUUGAGACGUAAAAUUCCAAAAAUUUGCAUCGUCUGAUGGAUUCUGACGGUAUUCGAGUCCCUCCAAAGCCUGCUUUGCACCUUCCAACCGCUCUACAUACUAGUCCUUUGUUAGAUCUCACUCCGGAGAAGAAGGCAAUCGGACUUAAACAAAAUAAAAAUUGGCAUUUUCCAUUAGUUUCCUCUGAAAAUGAUACAGGCGAAUCGAAAGAGAUUCAUGCAAGUCUUGCUCAGCCAUCUAUGAACUCCACAAAACGAGUGAACAAGAAACUACUUGCUCUCCAAAGAGAGCAGUUUGAUCCUGCCGAGGCAGUAGCUGAGGAACUUAAACAAUCUGAGAUCACCAGAUCAAACCUUUGUGAAAAGGUGGCUCGAGCUGUCAAUGUAAAGAAAGGAAAUAGUGUAUACUGUGAUUUGGUUUCUCUUAAUGUCGAUGCCGAAGAUGCAUUUGUCGAGCAUGCGCAUCUCAGGGCACGGAGCAGUGCAAAGACAAACACGCCUCCUCUGCAAGAGCCAGACAUAAUGGCCUUUUUUUCUGAGGAGUUUGAAACUCAGAUGGCACAUUUUGGUUAUGAUCUGUUUCAUAUAGAAGAACCAUUGCCAGAACCAUCAGCAGCUCCAAUAUCUCAUGUUUUUGACUUGUAUGAACAUCUUAAGAGCUGGCAGGAACAGUAUCCCCAAUGAUGUGCCUAGUAAAGAAUACUCUCAAACAGAAUUGUUAUGAAUACUUGGGUAGAAUAAAUUAUGCUAGAAAAUUUUAGUAUUAUUCAAGACACCUGGAAUUAUGCCAGAAAUUAUUCAUAAAAUUUUUCAUAAAAUUUUU